UUGAAAUGUAAAAUGUAGUGUAAAAAAUGAAUAUUUUUUAAUAUUAAGUUAUUGUUAUUAUUUAAAGAAUAUUUAAAAACACUGGAUAAUCUGGUUGAUUUAUAAAAGAAAAUAAUGUUUGAAAGUGUUGCUACUUUAGGAGAGGAUGAUUUGGAAUUGGACAACUCUUUUGCCCCAAUUUUUAGUAGUACUCAAGAUUCAUAUUGCCAAAAGCGUCAGAAUGAAGAAUCCAAAGAAAUUCCAAAGAAAAUUAAAUUGGAAACUAAAGUCAGUCCAUUUCUAAGAACACCUAGUUCUGAACAUAAGAAUAAUUCUAUUUAUUCUCCAAAUAAUGUAACUAAAAGAAUCUUUCCUGGACCAGCUGGUCUACUAGGAGAUCAUUUUAAAAGUUUUAACCAACAGUCAGAAUUUAUCAGAAAGAAUUAUAUAGAAGAUGAAGAGGAUUUCCCAUUUUGCUCCCAAGCCACAUCAGCAACUUUUGCUGAGGGACCAUGGAAAUUAAUGAAAGAAGAUUUUCAUACAGUAAACGGUGAGCAGCUGUAUGAGAAAUAUACAAUUAGUUGGAUAAAGAAAAAUUAUUCACACAAGAAACUUUUAGACAUUUAUAAAACUCCUUUUUUGGCAGCUGUUAUUCAAAAUUUGGAUACUGUGGAUGGUGAAAGUCCAUCUGUUCAUGUAACACUCAGAGAUACAACAGGUGUUAUAGAAGCUACAAUUCUAUACAGUUUCUACAAAGAAAAUGCAGCAUACUUAACCACAGGCUCGGUAAUUGUUCUAAAACCAAUUGGGGUUCUGACUUCUCUAGAGAGUCAUUGUUUAACCAUAACUGCAGGAAAUUUGCUAGUUAUUUACCAUCAAAAGGAGUCAAAUGUUGAUGAAGGGCCAACAAAUGAAAAUAUUAUUAAAAAAAUUGUACUUCAACCUUCUACAACGGAAGAAAUUUGGAAGGAGGCAAACAGUGAUUUAAUGAAAAAUAAAACAAAUAGUUCAAAAAGUAUUAAUAACAAUAAACCUCAGUUCUCAAAUGUUUAUAGUAAUUAUAACAAACUGUCAAGUGUCAGUGUUUCUAAUACAAAUGACUCUUUAUUAGCUGUACCAAAAGUCAUUGCAAAUAUGAGUGUUUCACAAAGUAAUAUCACAAAUGCAGCGUCUCAGAAUAAUGUGAAGAAAAAGUUUGAUUUUAAAAAUAAUAUUAAAAAGACUGAACUUAGUGAUAUAAGUGAUGCUAAAAAUAAUGUGAGGUAUUGUAAUAGUCCAUUACCUCAAAAUAAUGAAAAAGAUACCGAGAUUUGGAAAACAAUGCUGGAAGAUGUUGAUGAAGAUCUGUUGUUUGGUGAUUUUUGAUUUUCACAUUUUUUUAUACAUUUUCGUAAUAUAUUUAUAUUUAAUUUGUUU